AAAAAAACCCCACAAAGAAGAUGGUCAAAAUAAAAUUCUCUCUUGUUCCAAGACUUUCUCUCUCUUCCUUGAGAUUUCUAUUGUAAAUCGAGGUUAUAUUAAUCCUAAAAUAAGAGAAAUUCAAACUUUUUAAUGUUUUAUGAGUAAGGUUGUGGGUUUUUCUUCAAUGGGUUGGUGCAAUAUUUUCUGUUCAAGCAUACAAUACUGCACAAUGGUUAGUGGGAAGCGGAAGAUAAUGUUUAAGUAGUGAACCCACAAUGCUAUUUUCUUUGAACAUUGAAAACCUGACAUUCUUUUUGCUCUGAAAUUCCACAUUCUUCUUUCCAUCAACCAAAAAGCCUGUCAAAGUGAACCCCACAAGGUUGAAAUAUCACUUCAUGCCAAUUAUCCUCCACUUUCUUUUCUUACUCAUGUUUUCUCACUGAGACCAUCAACAUCCAUGCAAUUCCCAUCCUUAUUACAUUAAAGAAUCCCACUUCGCCUUCUUUAAACCGAAAGAAACAGAAGGGAGGAAUUAAUCUUGCAGCUUUUAAGCUUCUUUCUUCAACUUGCUCACUUCCAUUGUGACGUAUCAGUGUUUUUUUUUUGAAGUGGGGUAAUUUGUCUGUGGCAGAGAGAGAGAGAGAGCAUAAGCUGCCAAUUCUGUAGUGUGUGUGGGGGGAAGAGACUGGCAAGGCAAUCAAGUGCUGUGAUGCACUAAACCUUAUUGUCUGCAACUGAGGCUUCACCAGCAUACAAAGCUUUUCAACAUCUCAUUAAGUUGGUUUGUGCUUCAUUUUCAUAGAUAAAGCAAGAUGCAGUUUCUUCAGAAAUUGGGUUUCUUCUGCAUUCAUGCAAGUGUUCUUCUUCUUCUUGUUUCACCACUCGUCAGCUCAUCUCAAGAACACACAAAAGGUGCAAGCAGUCAAGAGGACAACAAUAUUCAUAAGCAGAUGAGCCACAAACUAUUGUUUGAAAUCACACUCCAUGGGUUUCUUCUUUGGGCUUCAAUGGGGUUCUUGAUGCCUCUAGGAAUACUUGCCAUUAGAAUGUCACACAGAGUGGAGUGUGGAAGAAGGCUCAGAAUUCUCUUCUAUGUUCAUGGCUUAUCAGAGCUGCUCUCUGUACUUCUUGCAACAGCAGGAGCGGUAAUGUCCUUCAGAAACUUCAACAAUUCCUUCAACAAUAAACACCAAAGGGUUGGGGUAGGCCUGUAUGGUCUAAUAUGGUUGCAAGCCCUGAUUGGGUUUGUGAGGCCACAGAGGGGAUCCAAGGGAAGAAGCAUAUGGUUUUCUGUGCAUUGGAUACUUGGAACUGCAGUUUCCCUACUUGGGAUCCUCAACAUAUAUACAGGUUUACAAGCCUACCAUGAGAAGACAUCAAAAGGCAUAAGGCUUUGGACCAUAAUUUUCACUGCUGAGUUCUGUUUCAUUGCCUUCUUCUACCUGUUCCAAGACAAAUGGGUGUAUAUACGAAAGCAAGGAGUGAUUUUGGGUAGUGACCCAGUAAGGCCCACUAUAGAUCAAGUGGUUUUGCCACCAGAAAAGCAAAAGGAAUUAGUGACAGAGUCUUGUUAAGAAGGCAAAUCACCAAAUGGCCGGUUUUAAGUUUUAACUGACAUGGAAUUCCUCUUCUUUUUUUUUCUUUUUUUUCUUUUUUUUCUUACUAUAUGGAAAAUCACCAAAAGCUUUGGUUUUAAGCUUUUUCUUCUUAAACUUUUUCACUAGGAACGGUUGGUGUUUAUAGCUGGUGAAGCAUUGGAUGUUGGGAUGUGGAUUUCUUCUAAUAAAAUAGUGAUGUUUUUUGCUAA